AUGGCGGGAAUGAAAGUCUUCUCACUUCUUGCAGCUUCGUCCUUUCUUCGUUACGCCUCCGCCCAGGAUGUCAUCAGAAACGAUACAUUCUUCUAUGGACAAAGUCCACCGGUCUACCCUAGUCCAGAGAUAGAAGGCCUCGGCGAUUGGGGAGAUGCCUACGCCAAAGCACAAGCAUUCGUGGCUCAAUUGACGCUUGAGGAGAAGACCAACCUCACAGGCGGUUUUGCCAAUGCGUCCAGUGGAUGCGGGGGCAAUAUUAGAGGAAUUCCUCGAUUAGGCUUCAAUGGCCUGUGUUUGCAGGAUGCUGGCCAAGGAGUCAGGGCGACGGACUUUGUCAAUGCCUAUGCUAGCGGAAUCCAUGCGGGUGCAAGCUGGAACAAGAACCUCACCUUUGAUCGAGCGUAUGCCAUGGGCGGCGAGUUCAGAGCGAAGGGCGCGAGCAUCGCUCUCGGUCCUCCCGUGGUAGGACCAUUGGGGAGGAUUGCUCGCGGCGGCCGUAAUUGGGAAGGCUUUAGUGUAGAUCCGUACCUCAGCGGAAUUCUUGCAGCUGAGUCUGUCCGCGGUAUUCAGUCGAGAGGAGUCAUUUCGUGCACCAAGCAUUUUAUCCUCAACGAGCAAGAACUUAACCGCAUCCCCACUAUUAAUGCCGAAAACGAAACCGUAGAAGCGUCGUCGUCGAACAUCGACGACAGAACAAUGCACGAGCUCUACAUGUGGCCCUUUGCUGAUGCGCUUCAUGCAGGCACUGCGAGUAUCAUGUGCUCCUAUGAAAGGAUCAACAACAGCUAUGGGUGCCAGAAUAGCAAGGCUCUCAAUGGCCUUCUCAAAGAUGAGCUAGGAUAUCAAGGCUUCGUAGUAUCUGACUGGGGAGCUCAAGAGUCGGGUGUUGGUAGUGCCCUGGCGGGAUUGGACAUGGUUAUGCCGUCUGGAUUACAAUUUUGGGGAGGCAACUUGACGCAAGCAGUCCGCAACGGCUCUGUUCCUGAAGACCGACUGACCGAUAUGGCUACGCGUAUUAUGGCCGCAUGGUACUACACGAACCAGGACGCGCCGGAUCAUCCUUAUCCUGGAAUCGGUCUUGCGCCAAAUCUCCUACUGCCCCAUCGUAUCGUCGAUGCCAGAGAUCCAAGUGCUAGGCCCGUCAUCCUGCAAGGCGCAAUCGAAGGCCAUGUCCUGGUCAAGAAUACUAACAACACCCUGCCACUCAGGAGUCCGAAGUUGCUUUCCCUCUAUGGAUACGACGCUAAAUCUCCGGACUUCAAUACCCCCGGUCCAGGCUUCAACCCAUGGUCUUUCGGCCUUCAGUCCCACAACGUCAAUUCUGUUAUCUGCGGCUUCUUUGGCCGAGGAGUCUGUCCCCCGUUCGCACCCAUAGCUCAAAAUGGCACGUUUAUCGUAGGUGGAGGCUCCGGCGCCAACAAUCCCGUCUACAUCAGCGCGCCGUACAACGCCAUACAGGAGCAAGCAAUCCAGGACGGCACGCAACUGUACUGGGACUUUGUUAACGCGAACGCCAACGGCUCCGUUCAUGCCGAAAGCGAUGCAUGUCUUGUUUUCAUUAACGCUGCAGCGUCAGAAGGAGUCGACCGCCCGUCUCUCCGCGACGACUUCUCCGACGCGCUUGUGACCAAUAUCGCAGCGCAAUGCAGCAAUACCAUCGUCACGAUCCACAACGCCGGCAUCCGCCUCGUCGACCAGUGGAUUGAAAACCCUAACGUCACUGCCGUGAUCUUCGGACACCUACCCGGCCAAGACUCCGGCCGUGCGCUUGUAGAACUCCUCUAUGGUCGCACCUCUCCAAGCGGAAAACUGCCGUACACUGUCGCAAGGAACGAAUCAGAUUACGGCGCUCUACUCGAUCCUGUUGGACCAGUGCCUCCAUAUACGUACUUCCCGCAGGACGACUUCCGCGAGGGUGUGAACAUCGACUACCGCGCCUUCGACGCCGCGGGCAUAGAACCUCGCUUCGAAUUCGGUUUCGGCCUGACGUACACGACGUUUGAGUUUGCCAACCUCGCAAGCUCAGUCGUUAGUGGUGCUUCGCUGUCGGCUUACCCAACAGGACCCGUCAUUCAAGGCGGCAACGCCGAUCUCUGGGACGUGAUCGCUACCGUAACUGCCAGCGUGACGAACACCGGCAAUGUUGCUGCCGCGGAGGUUGCGCAGCUUUACGUUGGCAUUCCGUCCGCUGGCCAGCCUGUCAGGCAGCUCCGCGGGUUCGAGAAAGUGCUUGUCCAUCCUAAUCAAACUGCGCAUGUAGAGUUUGAACUCAGGAGACGCGAUCUCAGCGUCUGGGACGUGGUGGCGCAACAGUGGAGAUUGGAGUUGGGCGCGGAGUAUCACGUCUAUGUUGGGAGCAGUUCUAGGGACCUGCCUUUGGUGGGAAACUUGACCUUGGCGUGA